AUGUUCACCUUCGGCAGCAACUGGUUCAUCAGCCUUGCUGUUCUGUUCCUCUUGGGCGCCGCUACAGCAGCCCCUGCACCAGACAACACGGCGAACCAUGAACCAAGCAAGGCCAAUCUGGUUCCUCGCAGCUGCCAGACAGCUGCUCCGAAAAUCUUUGCCCUGCUCGACGAGAACCGGCCCAAAGAUUUCAUCCCUAGAAAGGACUUCUUUGCUUUCUCCCGCCAAUCUAAGUCCCCACACAAUGACCUGUUGGCAACGUUUUCAUUCGAAUUACCACCCGGAGCGACAGGCUGCAUGCUACAGAUCCAAUGGCCUGCACUUGAUUUCGCCAUCAGCUCUGGCCCCUCAGAGACAGCCGAAGUCUGGAAGGUGCAGCCUUGGGGAGCUCACGUUCCGGGAUCGAUUAAACCUUCUUUUGCCAACCAGCCCGAGCUGGAUCAAAUGGUUGGCACGGUCAAUUUCUUCCCGGGGCCACAGACGAGCCCUUACAAGACUAUUGUCGCCAGCGAUUCAUGCAAGCCCACCAUGAGCUUUUUGGUCAAAUUCGCAGACUGGCAGCAAGGGGGCGGUUUUGUGAAAUUCCAUAACAAGUUGGACCAGAUUGGAUGGUCAAUGAUUUACAACUGUUAG